AAAAAUAAAUAAAAAGUACAUUUUCACUAUUUCUUUCUUUUUUCCCUCUUUUCUUUCUUCAAACUAUAUUUUGUGUGUAUAAUGUCUGCUUCUAGUUCAGUAGCUGAUGUAGAUGCUUGGAUUUCUCAACUUCAAGAUUGUAAACAAUUAAGUGAAAAUGAUAUUAAGAAGCUUUGUGACAAAGCGCGCGAAAUCCUCUCUCAAGAGUCUAAUGUCCAACCAGUUAAUUGUCCAGUAACUGUUUGUGGCGACAUUCACGGUCAAUUUCAUGAUUUACAGGAACUGUUUCGUAUCGGAGGCAACUCACCUGACACAAACUACUUGUUUAUGGGAGACUAUGUUGAUAGAGGAUACUAUUCAGUUGAAACAGUUACUCUUUUAGUAUGUCUCAAAGUCAGAUACAAGGACCGUGUUACUAUUCUUCGUGGUAACCAUGAAUCACGCCAAAUCACUCAAGUGUAUGGAUUCUAUGAUGAAUGCUUAAGAAAAUAUGGAAACGCCAACGUUUGGAAGAUGUUUACAGAUCUGUUUGACUUUUUACCUUUGACGGCUCUUAUUGAAGAUCAGAUUUUCUGUUUACAUGGUGGUUUGUCACCAUCUAUCGAUACACUUGAUCAAAUUCGUUCAUUAGAUAGAAUACAAGAAGUGCCUCAUGAAGGUCCUAUGUGUGAUCUCUUAUGGUCUGACCCAGAUGAUAGAUGUGGUUGGGGUAUAUCACCCCGUGGUGCUGGUUAUACAUUUGGUCAAGAUAUUUCGGAGACAUUUAACCAUAACAAUGGUCUCACAUUAGUUGCAAGAGCUCAUCAACUGGUGAUGGAGGGGUACAACUGGGGCCAUGAUCGAAAUGUCGUAACCAUUUUCAGUGCACCCAAUUACUGUUAUCGUUGUGGAAAUCAAGCAGCUAUCAUGGAAAUUGAUGAACACAUGAAAUACACAUUCCUCCAAUUUGAUCCUGCACCAAGAAAAGGUGAACCUCAUGUUACCCGACGAACUCCAGACUACUUUUUAUAAUUAUCAAGAAGCUAUUUUUUUUAAAGAAAAAAAAACAACAACAACAACAGUUCCCCCUCUCCCCUUUUUUUCUUCCCUUUUUCUCCCCCUUCUUUUCUCUUUCUCAGUCUGUGUGUUUGUCUACUCUUUCUAUUUGAAGUGCAAUCUAGCCAAUGAAAUCCAUUUUUAUAAAUUUGUACAAAUAGUGCAUUUUGCCCUAAGAAUUUAAUCUUUUUUUAUUUGACUUGACAAAAUGAGGUAAUACAUUCAGU